CAAAUCGCAUUUCUCAUCAAUUUGACAUUUAGAUAGCGACCCUUAAGAAUACACUCCAAGAAUCUUUCUGUGGGAGAUAAAUUAAUGGAGAAAAACGAUGAUCAAUUCGAGGAGUUUUUCCAGGGAUUGCCCAAGAAUAAUGUAACCGGCUAUGUGUUAGCUCAAUACAAAGGCUUUUGGUUUGAUGCACCAUUGCUUCAAGGUACACUAACAUUCCGCCAGCACUUCCAACAGCAAGAUUCAGACAUUAUUCUCGCCACCAUGCCGAAAUCUGGCACGACCUGGCUUAAAGCCUUGGUUUUCAGCAUCGUUAACAGAAAAACGUACCCGGAUCUCAACAACCACCCUUUGCUCUUCCACAACCCUCAUCGACUUGUGCCUUUCUUUGAAAUCAAUCUAUACAAAAAUGGCCAAAUCCCUGACCAGGAUCACAUAAACGCUAUUCCUAGCCCGCGAAUUUUCGCGACCCACAUACCGUACCAGUGCCUUCCGAACACAAUCUUAGAAGCGAAUAAUAAUUCGAGUUGUCGGAUUAUUUAUCUUUGUAGAAACCCUUUGGAUGCAUUUACCGCUAUGAUGCAUUUCGUGUUACGAAAUGGUUUGCUUCCCCAAGAUGGACAUGAUCAUCAAUCGGCCAUGUCUUUGGAUGUACCUUUCAAAUCAUUUUGCGAUGGCACAUAUCAAUAUGGUCCUUUCUGGGAUCAUGUGUUGGAAUAUUGGGAAGCAAGCAUAAAAGAUCCUAUCAAAGUAAUGUUCUUGAAGUUCGAGGAUCUUAAAAAGGAUAUCAAUUCUUCUGUGAAGAAAAUUGCCGAGCACUUGGGAUGCGCUUUUUCGCCCGAAGAAGAAAACGGAGGAUUGGUUGAAGAGAUUUCAAAGCUUUGUAGCAUUGACAAUCUCAAGAACCUGGAAUGUAACCAAAAGGGUGAAACAGAAACUGUUCACAAAGCUGCUCAUAAUUCAUUCUUCAGGAAGGGAGAAGUGGGAGAUUGGGCGAAUUUUCUUACUCCUCCCAUGGCUGAACGCCUUGAACGCUUGAUGAAAGAAAAAUUUGCUGAAUCUGGCGUUACUCUGAAUAUUCAUGGCUAAAUGAGCUUUGGACCAUUAGGUCUUGCAGCUUGUUCGGAAAUAUUCCUUUGUGUCGAAAUAAUUAUCCAG